UUUACAAAAUGUCGAAUGCAAUCUUGAAAGAACUGUGUAGUUCUUUAAAAUUAGAGCGAGACAGGGGAUAUCAAAAUCUUGUCGCUCAUCUUCAAUCUCUCGACGAAGAAGGAAUUUAUAAUCUUCAGUUCGAUCUGUCUAAAUUACUAAAUGACAAUAAAUUAUCUUGGGAAUCUAAACAUGGAGGUCUCAUGGGUGCAAAAGCAGUUUUGGAAAACGGAAAUGUUUCAGAUGAUUUUGAAAUUGAAAUUAAAAGAAAAUGCAUGGAUCACCUAGAUGACAAUGAAUUCCGCGUAAGAAUUGCUGCAGGUGAAGUACUUGGUGCUUUAUGUAAAAAGAUUGGUCCAGAAAUCUAUGGAGAUGUAAAAGAUCAAAUUUUGAAUGGAAUUCGCUCUAAUUUAGAACGAGAAAUGCCAACUGGAGAUGAACAUCAAAACGAUGAUGAUGUGGAUAAACUUGUGGAAAAACUGAGUAGUUCACCUGGAGGGGAAAAGAGAAUAAAUGUAGAUGCAGCACAAAUUUUUCAUGAUACUGCAGGAUGGAAGUCUUUAGAAACAUGGAUGAAAUGCUUAGAAUGUGUUGUGCAUUCUUGUGGUCAUCUGUUCAAUAAGUAUGUAGACCAGGAAUUACUUGACCUGAUAUUUAUGGCACUGUUACACACAAACAGAUUUGUACGAGAGACAGGAUUUUAUGUGUGUGCAGCAAUAGUGUCUAUAGGUGUCACUGGUGAUGGAAAAUCAACUUUAAAAUUAAAAGAAGAAAAUUCUGUGUAUAGACAUGGAAGGCAGUUGUCAGAAUAUCUUGGAAAAGGACUAUCUGAUAAUUGGAGUCAGGUACGUUUAGCAGCAUCUGUAGCUACAAGAAAGUUUCUACAUAGUUUACCAUCAGAAGAAGUAAAGGAUCAGUUCUACAGUAUACUCAUACCAAGAAUGUGCCUCAACAGAUACUAUGUAGCUGAAGGUGUUAGAAUAUAUUCACAAGAAACAUGGAGGCAAACCACAGAAGGAGAAGGGAGACAUCUAGUAGAGAAAUAUAUUGAUGAUGUGGUUAACUAUUAUAUUGAAUCAACAAUAGCAGACAACCAUGCAGUUAGGGAAGCUGCUUGUGCUUGUAUUGCUGAACUAGGAGCUAAGAUUGAAAGAAAUGCUGUAAGAGCACACGUUCCCAGACUGUUGGCUGCUUUAUUGGUGUGUUUUAAUGAUGACAGCUGGCCUGUCAGAGAUGCUGCAUGUGUAGCAUGUGGAAAUUUUGUUUUAUGUUUUCCUGAAGAAUCAAGAAACAGCUUACCAGAUUUAUAUCCUUUGUUUUUCAACAAUUUACAAGACAAUAUUGCAUCAGUUAGACAGGGAGCUGCAUUAGCUCUUGCCAAUGUUGUACAAGCAUAUGGUCAAUCCAGUAUGGAAACUAUCACAAACAAGGUGAAAGAAGGAUUAGAGGGUGUAGAAAAACAACCUGCAUCAUCAGAAAAGUACAGUGCUUUAGAUAAAAGCCCAGGAGCUUAUGGUGUUGUUAAAAUGUUAAGAGACAAUGAUAUGGACUUACAUACAGAUAAACAGAUGUAUUCCUGUGGGUCAUUAGCACCUAAGAUGGGAAGAGGUGGUGGAUGUAUGGAUCAUAAGUUCAAAAAACCCUCUGAGCCGUGGGAAUUAACAGAUGGGUGUAUUCAUUUAAUAGCAGAAUUAUCAAACAACCCUAGCCUUUCAGCAUUAGUGGGACAGACGUUACCUGCAGUGGCUAAAGCAGUAUCUUUUCAGCAUUAUCCUCAACAUGUGGUUCUAUUAGAAACACUUUGUAAACAGUUGCCAAAUAUUGCCAAAGGUAUAGGAAAGAGACAUUUCAAGCCGCAUUUGGAAUUAUUUUUUGAUUCCAUCUUUUACAGUAUGACCUGUGAUAGUGCAUUAACAUCGAGUGCAGCUAGUCAGUGCUUAAACCAAUUAAGUAGUUUUCUUGGUCCGAACAUUCUCAAAGGAAGAGUAGAACAAUACAAUCCAGCAUACAUGGAUCAAUUGAUUGCCAAUCAGUUUAUAGCUCCAUUAUAGAAUAAAGUAGAAGUGGGUUACUACUACUAGAACUGUGAUAAUAACAGGAACUAGAACUGUGAUAAACAUAAAUACAUCAAAAGAGAAAUUCUCUACUAACAGCAUUAGAUCAAGGGAGCUGAUAUGAUAUUAGACUAAGCCAGUGUGUUUGAUAGUCUAAACAUCCAUGUCUUUUCUGAUAUAAAGUCAUGAAUGCUAAUUAAUAACAAGAUAAUUAAUAUGUCAUCAUAACAUACAUUGAAGUUCUGUGCAUUUGAAUACAUCAAUGUUGAAGUCAAGUUGAAGUAAUUAAUGGCCUCCUACUAAAUUCUUUUUGCAUCCUUAUAUGAACAUGCAAUUUAAAGAGCUCGCAAUAUGUAUUUUAAUCAAAAAGCAUUUGACAGCUUUUUAUGAACAAUUGCUAAGGGCUUGUAAUGAAACCCUACUCAUCAAUGAUAUAUUUUCAGACUCUGAAAGUAUUUUAUUUGUUCCAAACAUUUUUCUGGAAAUUUUUCUCAAACUUUCAUUGAAUUUGUUCACUUUAGAGAUUUUUAUGAUAAAUUCACACAUAUACACACUAUAUACGAUAGUCUAAUACAGUGUAAGUAAGAUGAAAAUUACAGAGCGGAUACUGAUUUACUUCAACUUGACCACAAACUAAACAUACAUUAUUAUAAAUUUUCUAUGUAUGUCAUAUUCUGUUGUGAUGAAUAAAAAAAAUUUCUAGCAUUAAUAAUUUCAGUGGCACCUUUAAUACAUGCAAAC